UAAGUCUUUUGAGCUUGGCCGUGUUUUUGACGGGAAGCCGUGGUCAGAACAGAUAGAAGCUUCUUCGCCACGGAAAAAAAGACCAAUUCCAAAUCCUCCAUCAUAAAAUUCCUCUGUUUGGAAAUCAAAGACUUACCCUUUUCCACACUCCCAAAGACUUUGAGGAGCUUUGCCAUUAUUUAUUUAUUUAUUUUUUUCAACGAUUUUGUCAAACAAAUACCUUUGCCUUUGCCUUCUUCACCCAUUUCUCGAAAACCAAACACACCAACAAAUCCAUUGCCUUUUUCUGUCUGUCUCUCUCUCUCUCUCUCUCUCUCUCUCUCUCUCUCUCUCUCUCUCUCUCUCUCUCUCUUUCGGAUCUCUCUGAAGUUUCACUUCUGUUGCGUUCAGAUGGUGUUUGGAGUUCAAUAAGUUCAAAGUUCGAGACUUUUUCGUUGGAACUGGAAGCCCUUUUGUUUGUGUUGGCCAAAGAUGUCUCCUGAAUUGACAACAAAAGUUCGACUGGUUCGAUGUCCGAAAUGCCGGCUGCUUCUUCCGGAGUUGCCCGAAAUUCCGGUCUACAAGUGUGGCGGAUGUGGCGUCACUCUCCAAGUGAAAAAUCGAAUGAAUGGAUUGAGAAGCAAGAGAGCCAGCGUAAAUGACACUGAGGCAGCUCAGAGGAUUCGUUUGGAUCACGGUUCGGAAGAUAAAAAAUCCAGAAGCUCAGGUCGUAAUGCAACUCUUCCUGAAUCUGGAGAAUGCUCUUCAGAAGGCAACGAGUCCAGCACCUCAAGUACUCCUAAGGCUGCUUAUCCUGAACCAGGAAAUUGCUUUUCGAAACAAGACAAUGAGAAGAAUGAAGACAAGCCUUCCGAAGAACAGAAAUCUAGCAUCUCAAGUCAUAGUGCAGCUCUUCCAUACCAAAACAAUGAGAGGGAUGAGAGUAAAUCUUCAGAAGGCAACGAAUCUAUCAGCUCAAGUACUCAUACAGUUACUUUUGUUGACUCGGAAAAAAGCUUUCCGGACCAAAACAACGAGAAGAGAAAAGAUGCGGCUUUCGAGGACAAAGAGUCUAGCAUCUCAACUCAUAAUGCAAGUCCUUCGAACCCAGGAGAGUCCCUUUCAGACCAAAACAAUGAGAAGAGUGAAGAUAAGUCUUCCGAAGACAAAGAAUCGAGCUCUUCAAGUAAUCAUGCAAGUCUUUUGAUGUCAGGAGAAUCCUUUUCAGACCAAAACAAUGAGAGGGGCCAGAGUAAAUCUUCAGAAGGUAAUGAAUCUAGCAGCCUAAGUCCUAAGGCUACUUUUCCGGGAGAAAGUUUUGCGGACAACCAAAACAAUGAGAAGGAUCAGAUUGAGUCUUCAGAAGGCAACAGAUUUAGCAGCUCAAGUCCAAAAGCUACUUAUCCUGACUCGGGAGAAUGUUUACCGGACCAAAACAACGAGAGUGAUAUGAUUGAGUCUUCAGAAGGCAACAAGUUUAGCAGCUCAAGUCCUGAGGUAACUUUUCCUGACUCGGGAAAAUGCUUCUCAGAACAAGACAAUAGCAAGAGUGAAAUCAAGUCUUCUGAAGUUAAGGAGACAUUACCAAAAACACGAAAAGGUGCAGAAGUAUCAACAAAUGAUGGGAGCUCACGUUUAGGAGAAACAAGUGUGACGGACAUCAACAAGGAGAUUGAUUCUGAUUUCCAGAACUCAAAUACUGUAAAUCCAGGAGAUGCAAGGGGCAGUAGUUCAAUUGUUACUGCUCAUACAGCCGUAAGGGGAAGCAUUUCAUUGGAUUCCUUUAAAUCUUCUCCUCAUGGACGACAGGAGGAACUUCAGAAUAGUGUUCCCAAUGGCUUUGAUCAUGUAAGGUCUCCUGAUGCAUUUGAAAAUAUAGUUACUGCUCAUAUGCCGGAAAGGGAAAGCGUUUCAUUGGAUUCCCUGACAUCUUCUCCUAAUGGACAACAGGUGGAACCUCAGAACAGUGUUCCCAUUGUCUUUGAUCAUGUAAGGUCUCCUGAUGCAUUUGAAAAUAGAGUUACUGUUCAUAUGCCGGCAAGGGAAAGCAUUUCAUCGGAUUCCCUGACAUCUUCUCCUGAUGGACAACUGGAGGAACCUCAGAAUAAUGCUUUUUCCAAUGGCUUUGAUCAUGUAAGGUCUCCUGAUGUAUUUGAAAAUACGGAGUUCUUCCCCAGCUUUGAGCUUAGCGGUGCACCUACAGAUCCGUCAAAGUCCCCAGCAAAUACAAGUCAUCAUGCAUAUGAUGCCAGUGUUUCUUCUUAUGAUGGCAUGGAUGAUCAGUUCUUCAACCGAACUACACGUUCAAAUAUUGUUCAUUCUGAAGAACGAACCAGACGGGAUAAAUUCAUGGCAAGUAGCAUGAUAAAUAGAGAUUCCGGAUUGCAACAUCAACCAACGGAUCCCUGGUCAAAUUUGCCCAUGAAGAACGAUCGUGCCAUGAGAUACAGAAAGUGGGAUCAAGAUGCAUCACUGCCACCUAGAAGACAAGGUCAUCCAAGCAGAGAUUGGAACAGAUUGCAAAGUGAUGAAUCUAUGUAUAGGAUGGCUUUCCCUCAAAGAGUUUCCCAAGGUGGAUACAAAAAUGGAGGCCCUACAAGUCAACUGCAUAACGAGUACCAGCACAAUUCAGGCUACCAAUCAUCUGAAAUGUCUGUGGAGGCUGAACAGGACAAGAUGACACUAUUGAGAAUGGUUUAUGAACUGCAGAAUCAAGUUAACAGUUUGAAUGGAAAGGCGAGUGGAAGGGUUGCCGGAGGAGCCACUUGGAAUGAGAAUAGCAUGCCCCAGUACCGUAGCUAUGAGGCAUUCGAGAAGGAACUCUAUCAUGAUCCAAACUAUCAGAGGUAUCUGAGAAGACACAGGACAGGCAGCCUCUAUCCCCCCCAGCACCACCGCAAAAACAUGCGCAUACCUUUCUCGAGUGAGGCAACAACCAGCAGGCACCAACCUGAUUCUUCAUAUUUGCAUUAUGGCCCCCAAGACUGGAAGUGCUCAGCACCAUUGUCUCAACCCGUUCGUUGCAGCAAAAACGGGUUAUGUAGGGUUCACCCUGGUCACAGUUGCUGGACAUCCUAUGAUAAGUCUCGUCCUUCAACUCCCGAACGGUAUAUGGGAUCCGAUUCUCCUCUUUGGGGCCAUGAAACAAUGUCUGAUGAUCUAAGGCACCAAUGGCAUGAUGCGAAGAAGUUUUACAGAGAGAAACAACAUUUGGCUAAACGACAUUUCCGCCCCAUAGCAGGUGGAGCCCCUUUCAUAACUUGUUACAACUGCUCAGAACUGCUGCAGAUACCUGCAGAUUUUCUCCUUUUCAAGAGGAGAUACCAUAGACUUCGAUGUGGGGCUUGUUCGGAGGUGCUCAAGUUUUCGCUCCAAAAGAGAGCUCAUAUUGUCCCCUAUGAACAGAAUGCUAUAGCCCCUCCGAGUGAGGUUGGCGACUAUAAUGCUGCCGGUAAUGGCGGUAACUUGGCUCACCAUGAUCCUGUUUCAUGCUCUGAUGAUUAUGGUUAUGGACCCUCUUACUACCAUAGUUACUCUUCUGACGGUGAUCCUGGAGCUUUUGCACCCUCCAACUCUAACCAUGGUGAUUCAGAGGACCAAAAUAUGUCACAUAAUUCAUUGGAUCCAAUGAGAGAGAGGAAGAAGCUUGUUUUGAGAGAGUCUCAGAACAAAGAAAAGAAUCCAAUUGAAACAAUUGUGUCAGCAAGACCGUCGUUAUCCUCAGAAAUCGAAGAGCUGCCAGCAAAUUCGAGUUCACCACUUCAUCGACUCAUGGGCUACGCUUCGCCAAGCCUAGUGAUUAGAGGGUCUGUAACAUCUCGGACAGGGAGAAGCUCAUACCCAUUGCAGAGAUAACUUUGAACUCAAGGAACUAACAGAUUUCUCAGAGUACGAUUAUAUGAAGCUCCCGAGGGUUUUUCUCAAACGGAAGAGCUUCUUCGUCUCACUUACCGGACCCUGAAACAUUCCAAAGUUGGAUAAAGUGAAUAGAGCCCUGACGGAAGCAAAGGUUUCCGGGAAGUGAUUCGACGACAGAUACUGCCUUGUUUUUGCCAUAUCUACAUGUUAGGACUUCUCUUUCGUUCUUUCUGAUAUAGCAUCCCGCAAGUGAGUAUAUGUUAUAUGUAGAAAUCAAGCUUUCGAUUGUUGUGUGUGUAUGUACAUGUUUACCAGACUCCUAUUUGAUUUAUUUGUUCAUAUGCAACA